AUGGGGGAUACUGCAGGGGUCCUGACCCUGACCGAGACCUGGGCGGGUGAGUGCCGGGUCGGGAGGAAACGGCCACCGUCGGGGGCGGUGCGAGGGGACCGCGCGGCGGGGGCGCAGGACCCCCGGGGAAGUUGUGGAUGCGCCUUGGGACCCGACGGGCGCCUCCUCCGCAGGUACAGUCAGUUCACCUACGACGGCGCCGAUUACAUCGCCCUGAACGAGGACCUGCGCUCCUGGACCGCGGCGGACACGGCGGCUCAGAUCACCCGGCGCAAGUGGGAGGCGGAAGGUGAGGCGGCGGACUGGAGGAACUACCUGGAGGGCGAGUGUGUGAAGUGGCUCCUCAGAUACCUGGAGAACGGGAGGGAGACGCUGCAGCGCGCAUAGAUCACCCUGACCUGG